UCGGAAUGGACGCAUCUCGCUGAAAGAUAGACCGAACCUCAGACUGCUACGCGGUUGUAUAAGGUACAUGGCCUCUCGUAUAUCAUGCCGGCGACGAACACUGGCUGAGUUCAUCCUUCAAUCAUUCUUCGUCUUGUCUUUGUAGCAGGCCAACGUCCAACUUUUUCCUGGACAAAGUUCGCACCAUGGGCUCCAUAACGAUGGCGGAAUUUCCUACGAUCAAGAAUAUCAAAACUUUUGUCAUAUCUGGCGUAGGCUCUGGCGGAGACUACCAUAAUGUGGAAGGUGGACAUUGGCUCAUUGAUUCAAAAAUUUCGACGCCUAUGUCUCAAUACGAACAAUACCGAAAGUCGCGAACUAGCUGGGGCAUCAAUGUUCUGGGCUCAUUCUGUGUCGAAAUCGAAGCGACGGAUGGCACCAAGGGCUUUGCUACAGGCUUUGGCGGCCCGCCAGCAUGCUGGCUAGUCCUUGAGCACUUUAAAAGAUUUCUUAUCGGGGCUGACCCACGAGAUACGAACCAUCUUUUUGAGCAAAUGUACCGCGCAAGCAUGUUUUAUGGACGGAAAGGGUUACCGGUAGCCGUCAUUUCCGUCAUAGACCUGGCAUUGUGGGACUUGCUGGGUAAGAUCCGAAAUGAACCAGUCUACAAGAUGAUCGGUGGCAACACGAAGGGAAAGCUAUUGAACUUCUACUGCACUGGACCGGAGCCUGCAGCUGCCAAAGCUAUGGGCUUUAGUGGCGCAAAAGUGCCUCUGCCAUAUGGACCAGGAGAAGGACCGGAAGGUCUUAAAAAAAAUGUCGAGUUUCUCAGAAAGCACAAGGAGAGCGUAGGUAACGACUUCCCCUUGCGCGUAGAUUGUUAUAUGAGUCUGAACGUUCCCUACACGAUCGAGGUUGUGCAGGCAUGCAAAGAUGCCGGUAUCAAGAUCGACUGGUGGGAAGAAUGCCUCUCGCCUGACGAUUUUGAUGGUCAUGCGAUUCUCAAACGCGCACAUCCGGAUAUUAAGUUCACGACGGGCGAGCACGAGUAUUCUCGCUACGGCUUCCGCAAGUUGAUCGAGGGUAGGAACUUGGACAUCGUUCAGCCCGAUGUGAUGUGGGUUGGCGGCCUGACAGAGCUCCUCAGGAUCGCUUCGAUGGCCGCGGCGUACGACAUACCCGUCAUCCCUCACGCGAGCGGUCCCUACUCAUAUCACUUCGUGGUUUCACAGGCAAAUUCCCCGUUCCAAGAGUACCUCGCGAACUCUCCGGACGGGAAAUCAGUUUUGCCUGUAUUUGGAAACCUGUUUAUAAACGAGCCAAUUCCGGUCAAUGGAUGUCUUGAUGUGUCGGUGCUGGAUAAGCCAGGCUUUGGUUUGGAGAUCAACCCUGAUGCAUCACUGGUGGAGUUCACAGGAUUCUGCACCAAUCAAGGGCCCCAGAAGCAGCUGUUCAACGCCACUCAUACGGCUGAAGCUGAACAACAGGACGAGGCAAAGAUAAAUGGACAUGCAUAAACAAAGUCCGGCCGUAUUUUGAUAAAAUUACUUGUACAUAAAUGAGGUGUCUAAUGACCAUGAUGACUUGGGUAGACAUAAGGCAUGCGUACGGUGCAUCUUGUCAGAGCAAUAAGCUCAAUGACUGUCACGAAUCUCUGUUCGCAGGCAAGCUACUCCUUACUUUGUAAUCUGCUUUUGGCACUCCCCGAACGAUAUUAACAAUUCUUAGAGACACCAAACCGCGGGGUUUCAGACCCUGCGGAAGAGCCAAGAAAUUUCAAUUUAGAAUCUCUCCUAAGC